AUGUCACCAAAAAAGCCAUCUACCCAAAGACAAAAACAAAAAAUAGUUGAUCUUACACAAGUAGAAUCUGAUAUUCCCAAACACUCAGAUAAUUUACCAAAAUCAAAAAAACUACAAAUAGUAAAUAAAGCAAAGAGUAAAGAGAAUAUUAAUUCAGAUUUAGAGACAAAUGAAGCAGAUAAUUUACAAUCUAAAGUCCAGAUAGAAUCUUAUCAACCAAACUAUCCACCUUCCAUAGAACUACAGAAUCAACAGACAUACAUCAAAAAUCAGCAAAAUCAAAUUAAUGAAUUGUUAAAUCAUUAUGAAAGUAAUGAAUCUUCACUUUUUGCCGCUGAUAAGUAUCAACAUAAAGUACUAUCCCAUAUAAAUAUAAGACCCACUAGUUUAAGAAUUUAUUCAAUUGAGCCUGAAGUUGAUCCUUUAGUUGAAUGA